AAAUGAAGAAUAAUUAUGAGAACGAGAAUGAGAGAGAGAGAGAAAGAGAGAUCAAGUUAAUUAGUUGUUAGAAAGAGAACUCACUCCAGCAGCUUUGACGAAACUUUCAGCAAUACGAUUGAGGAGAGGGUGACCGAAGUCGAAGAGCCCCCCUUGGUUGAAGCUGCUAAGCUCAUCAAGCAGUGAACGGGUCUCCAGAUUGCUGCUUUUAGAAUUCAUCUUCCACUUGCACUUACAACACCCAACUGAUAAGAUAGGUAACAAGAAGAAGAAGAAGAAGAAGAAGAGAGGAGGUGACUGGUAAGAUCAGUGGGAGGUAUGAAGAAGAAGUAGUAAUGGAAAUGGAGAACACGUGUUUGUAUGAUCCACACGUGGAUGCCCCUAAAAGUGCCAGAGUCCGCAAUCGCUUGCAACUUAUUUGCAACAGGGUAACACCUGUCCUCUCACACACUGACAUUUUCUCCUCAUAUAUUCAAUUAAGCUCAGCUUAAUUAAAAAAAAAGUAAACACAAUAGUAUAUAAAGUCCUUUCGUAAUUUCACUUUCUUCCAUGUAGAUGCAUAUUAUAUUUGUGGUUUAAUUAUACACUUUAUAUUUGGUGGGUCCAUGAGCUGUUGAGUGAAAAUGAAACCUCCCGAAGAGAAAAUAAAAUGAUAAGCAACUUUCCUAGUUUGGUAUACAUAAUGAUGGGUUGGUUUCGUUCUGUGCCUAUCGUUUUGUUCCUGUAGAAAAUGGUAGAAAGAACUACAUAACAUUUAUUUCGUUCUACCAAGUUAUUUUGGCCAAAAUUGACCAGAGUAUUUUAAAGACUAUGCAUUUGUUUAGCCCAAAGUUAAACCUGGCGAAAUUUACCUACGAUUAGCAAGUGGGAGUUUGCAGGAGAAGGUCUUAAGAUGACUGUGUACAAGUUCUGCCCUGAAUGCAACAAUAUUCUUUAUCCUAAGGAAGACAGGGAGCAUAAGAUUCUCUUCUUCGCUUGCCGCACCUGUGAUCAUCAGGAGGUUGCUGACAAUAACUGUGUGUAUAGAAAUGAGAUAUAUCAUUCGGCUGAGGAGCGAACUCAAGUGUUGGAAGAUGUAGCUUCAGAUCCAACUCUUCCUCGUACCAAGUCUGUUCGUUGCGCUCAAUGCAAUCAUGGAGAAGCUGUCUUCUUCCAGGGAACUAUUAGAAGGGAAGAAGGUAUGACACUGUCUUAUGUUUGCUGCAACCCAAACUGUGGCUACCGAUGGCGAGAUCAAGAUUCAUAACCUUCACUCUAAUCCAUCUUCUCAUAAAAGAUAUCAAAUCCUUUCAUCCUGGAUAGCAGCAUAGGGAAUUAGUAUAUGGAGUGAUAUAGAAUUAGAUAUGUAACACGACCAAAAUGAUGAGAUGAAAGCAUAAUAUUGUUAUUAUAUAUAUUAUAACGUACAUAGGAUAUUACAGGGAACAUGUUAAAUAUAAAACAGAAUCAGCCUCUCUUUUAUUGGAAAUUAAAGAUAUAAUCUUAGUCCCGAUCAGUUGCGACGCUUAACAGAAGUGUAGGUGGUGGAGGAAUCAAAGCCACCGAAGAUGAUGGAGCCAUUACCAUUACCCUCAGCAUGGCCAGUGUUGUUUAUAAGACCUUUCAAGUUUUGUGGCCCUGUGUUGUUCAACGAGUUUCGCGGUUUGGUGCUCUUCCUUGAUGAAGCAACACCACCACCUUGGUUGUGUAGCGGCCUUGGCUCAAGGUCAGAUUCGUCCUCAUCGUCAAU